AUGACUUCAAUCUCGUUUGAAGCUGCUCUCAAGCUGCCCGACAAAGACGCGUCCAAUAUACAUCUCUACAAACUUGUCUCUGCACGCGACUUCAGCAGCUCUGGUCUUUCUUCAGUCGCGCAGGACUAUCUGAGUAGUUUCUGCGAUCCUGGUCUUUCUAUUAUCCGGCGGCGAUGGAUCGGCAUCGCGCUCGCAGGCAUGCUGGAAAUGCCGGCGGUGGCCACACACAUCGGGGCAUCGACUAAGCGUCUACGGAGUCUGGGAGCUAUCAUCCUAAGCGGCACUGAGCAAGAACAGAUCAAAAUUAUUGCUGGUAUUAUCAUACGGCAAGCACUGGAGCAAGGGAUCGAGUAUAGCCGGUUCUGGUCCACGGAAAAAGUCAGACACAGCGCGCCGAAUUUUCCACUCGAGGCCGAUGCGGAAUGGAUGCAGAAGUUCCAGGGCUUUCUUGACAUUCUGAGCGACCUGGCACUCGCGAGACCAACCGGCGAGCCCUCUGUCAUGUACCUAGUCUCACUAUUCGCCACAGAUGGGUUCAAAUGGCGGGAGUCAAGCGCUACGUUUCCUAUCGCGCUCGUCGAGGCUGGAGUGCUGACCAUCAUCGCGCCCGACGAGCACCUGAAAGAUUGCCGGUUUAUAGACAUACCAGUCGAGCACAUUUUGAACACGCGAUCAGAACCGUCGAAACUACACAGCUCACAGGCUCAGCGUACAAAGCAUGAACCGUGGGAUCUCGUCAUGACACUCACAUCUGAACCCUGGAGCUACCGUCUUAAUUCCACGCAACGCAUUGCGACUGACCUAUCGCUGAUGUUCAAGCAUUCGGGCGACGCAUUAGAGUGGGAGAGUUGCAUCAAAGCCCAUGAGAAAGGACGUGAGCCUCGUUUGAGAGUAUCUCGAAGCUUGCCCCUCGAUGCGAGCUCGCCUUCGAUCCGACAGUCAAACGCAAGAAAAUCGCUUCGAAGUGGCUCCCAGACGCUUCGGACAAAGCGCGUCACUUCCAAGAAACUUACCGCAGACAGUAGCGAUGCGACUGCUCUGCAAUUCCAGUCACAGCAUCCGUCGUCGACAUCGAAACGCAUGUACGGCAAGGGAAAGCUACCCCGUGUAUCUCAGGCCACCAAACAAGAUGUCUUCAGAAAGUUCAACCCGGAAGACGAAGCUCUCGAUGUGCUUAUAGAAAGCAAGAGGGAUGUCCACACUACUUCUUCGAACACAUCGAGUGUUGCUUCAUCUCCCCAAAGAGAAUCCCGAAGCUCAAAGGCUGCCUCGGACAAGGAACCAGCCAAGUCUAAGACUAAGGCCCGCACAUCGCAUGACAAGAAUGAAGCAGACGACGAUGAAGAUUUUAUACCAAGUCAGACGAGACCGAAAAAGAGGACGAAUCCCAAACGCAAAGCAACACCAGACCCCAUGGCCGAUGACAACUCGAGAAAGAGAUCCCGUAAAGAGCCGAACAAGGGCACGAAGUCGACUGUGACCGGUGCAAAACAACACGCGAAGUCUCAUCCGCUUGCAAAACCAUCGAAACCUCCGUCAUCCAUCCCUUCGUCACGACACACCUUGAUCGGAGGACUUCUGGGUCUUCAAAGGCCUGCCAAGAUCUCCGAGAGCCCAUUCAAGAAGCCAACACUACCGGCAAGAGUCGCUCAAACACCGUCAACUCCUACCAAACCAAGUAGAAAGCUUGUGGGAGUACCAGUGCGGCCACAAACCCCUGUAGAAGCACGGAGGUGUUCUGGAGAUGAUACUUUGCACUACAUGGCAUCGUCACCGCCUGUGACUGAUGAGGCCGAAGAAGAUGAUGAGUGGCAUCAUGCAAUUAUUGUCGAGGCCGCAAUGCUCUCCAGCAACAGCAAACCUACCCCCGCGUCACCAAAUGCGGAAUCAACAGCGAUUUCUGGCCACGCUGAUCGUGAGGAUAUAGCCUCAGAGAAGAAGACAGGAGAUUGGCAGACCGCGAAAAGCGACCCCUUCGGUCGACGGUCCGCUGGCAAGAAGGCCACAUCGUUCAUACGCCGGUUGACUGGAGAAGAUUCAUUCAACGAGGACACAACAACGACGCCAAAGACACCCGAAGUUGCGACAGGAAGCGAGAUGACGGUAUCUACCUUGCUUUUCAACCAGCAGUUCAUUGAUACUACUCAGCCAAUCGUUCAGGCUGACCAGCAAGUCGCUUUCGCUACACGGAACUCACUCGAAGCGACUCAUCAGACCAUGGACCAAUCACAACAACUUAACGAAGGGAUCCAGCAAUUGAACGAUGACGGGCCUAUUGAGCAAGCAUAUCACGAGGACGAUACUCUCAUCGGUGGCGAUGAGGACAAUCAGGAAGCUGUCAAUGACUUCUUCAACGCUUCGCCGAUACACUUCCACUCCUCCCCGCCACACCUAGGCUCCUCUAGUAGCCAUAGCUCAACCUCUGCCGUACGCGAACCAUUAACGGACCCACCUCUACCAACUUCGCAAGCAGAAGAGAUGGACUGGGAAGCGAGUCUGCAGCCGCACCAGCGCGAUCUUCAUGAAUUGAUGAUACGAACUUCCAAGCGGGUUAUGCGACAUAUUGUAGACAACGAGACGAGUGUAGACGACAUCGCUGAGAUGUACGCGCAGGAUGGCGAGCAUGUACUCAGCACGCUGAUCCAGCGACGCAACACUGACUACGAACACGUCUUUCAGGGCAUGGAGAGCACAAAGGGAAGUCUUCGGAAAGAGCUUGAGCGCGCGGCCAAGCAGAUGGCGAAGGACAGAGAAAGGGUCGGUGCAAUUGCUUGAUGCUCAUGGAAUUCACGAUCUAAUCUUACGAAGCGGUCAACGUUUAAUGAAAGGACGUACCAUGCAGGACAUGAAAUGUAUGAUAGUAGAGCAAGUUUUUUCGCGAGCAGAACGAACAUAAUGCAGCAUAGCACAAGGUUUUAAUGAAUAUGCAUUAGUAGUUACCAGCACCGC